UCUAUGGACCAUCAUGCACCCAACCCAACUUAUUAGAACACUCUCUCUCUCUCUCUCUCUCUCUCUACUUUUUUAUUACUCACAUUCUCUCCUUUCUUUAUUACGAGUAGGGUCACCUGCUCUGUGCUCAGCAAACUCCUUGGAAACCAAAGAAACUUCACACAUCCAACUCCUCUCUACAAUCCUCAUCUCUCUCUCUCGCAAUGGAGACCCCAAAAUUGAAAUUGAAACAAUCAAACCCCAUAAGCCCACAAACCCUAACACCCUGCAGCAGUGGAAGAAGAAGCAGCGAUUCAAAUUCGCCCGAAUUUGAGUUCUGGAUGGUCCGAAACCCUUCUUUCCCUCAACCCAAUCUCCUCUCCGCUGAUGAGUUGUUCGUUGACGGUAUCCUCCUCCCCCUCCACCUCCUCCACCGCCACAACACUGACGACCCACCUGAUUCACAUUCCGAGCCACCCAUAACAACCCCCAACUCAAACCCACCGCCCGAGUCAGAAAUUGGUUCGGGUCCCGAGUUGUCAACUGCAACGCCCGACUUAUCAACCACCGCAUUCACCGCUUCGAAGCGGUGGAUGGACAUAUUUAAGAAGAGCGAUAGAAAAGACUCACACAGCAACGACAAUGAUGAUAAGAAUAAAGACAAGAAGAAAGAGAAGAAGAGCGUUGGUGCUGGCAAGGGAGGAGCGAGCUCGGCGGAGCUGAAUAUAAAUAUAUGGCCUUUCUCGCGGAGUAGAUCCGCCGGGAACGGCGGUAAUAGGCCAAGAAUGGCGGCUGGAUCGGUGGCGACUCGGAAGGUGAGUAGUGCGCCGUGUUCUCGGAGCAACUCAGCGGGCGAGUCCAAGUCAAGGAAGUGGCCGAGUAGCCCGAGUAGAGGCGGGGUCCACUUGGGCCGGAGUAGCCCAGUUUGGCAGGUCCGGCGAGGAGGUUCCGCUGGAAGGAGCUUCGAGCCCAUGAUCCGAAAUGCGGAAAAAGGGGUUAGAAGAGAAGUAAACGAAACCCGCCGGAUUAAAUCCGCCGUAACCGGCGGAUCCGGUGGGGCUAAAGCUAGAGUUUUGAAUUUGAAUGUUCCGACGUGUAUUGGGUAUCGGCACCAUUUGAGUUGUAGAAGUGAUGGGAACAGUGCCGUUAGGGCUGUUGCAGCUCCCGCUGGCGGCAGUGGUGAUGGACAAAUCGGCGCAGGUGGUGUCUCCGGUGAUGUUGGACGUGGUGGUAAUUUGUUUAGCCUGCGCAGCCUCUUCACUAAGAAAGUGUAUUAGUAACCCCACGGCCAUCUAAUCUCUUGAUUAAUUAUUUGUAAUUUUUUUUUUUUUUUUUUUUUUUUUUUUUCUACUUCCGAUUCCUUUGUGCAAUACAGAAUUCUACUAGUUUAUUUAUUUACCUCAGGUAAAAGUAGUAGUAAAGUAAUUAAAGAGGAAGGUAGCUUUCUAACUCUCAGAAAGUUUAGUAAUACUUUUUAUUGUCUCUCACUCAUUGAAAAAGCCAUUCCAUUUACUCAUGAUUUUUUUAUAUAAUGUUAUUAACAUUUGGAUAAAAAAUAAUAUCUUCCGGUAGCCUUUUCCCUCUUCA